CUGAACCCAUUCGCAGUCGUUUGAAAGCGGUCCACUGAGUCGGUUGCUACUAUCGUGGAAUUAAAAUGUCUUUGAAAAGUGCUCUGCACAUUUUUCUCCUAAGUCUGGUUGCUCUACAGCAACUAGAGUUGGGUACUGGUUCCCGCAUCCUGGCAGCCUUCUUUUUUCCUGGCAAGAGCCACUUCAUGAUGACCAAUGCCAUCAUACGGGAGCUGGUCAAGCAAGGACAUGAGGUUACUUUCAUUACUCCGUUUUCCUUGGCGAAGGAAAACCUUGGACCAAACUAUAAGGAAAUAGUGAUUCCUCAAUACGAUUUUUGGCCAGAAAUUAAGGAGAUGACCAAUAAGAACACCGUUUUGGAAAUGACUGAUUUGCCAAAUUUCGCAUUCCUGCGAAUGGUCAAUGUGAUGGGUAUCCACAGUACGGAUUUCGCACUGGAGCAACCGGAGAUUCAGGCCGUAAUCAACGAGAAGAACAAGAUUGGCAAAUACGAUCUGCUGCUGGCGGAGCAGUUCUUCAACGAGGGUGCCCUCAUUCUGGGACACUUGUACCAGAUCCCAACCAUAACUGUUUCGACUUUCGGUAAUGCCAACUACCUCAGUCAGCUAUUUGGGGUAGUGUCUCCUUGGUCAUAUGUACCACACGCCUAUAUGCCCUAUACGGAUCGCAUGUCUUUGUGGGAACGCAUCGGCAAUGUGGCCAUCAAUGCCGCCGAGGAUCUCUUCAGAGAGUUCUCCUACUACCCCGGUCAGGAUGCGGUCUUAAAGAAGCACUUCUCCAAGCUCCUCGACAGAGUACCCACUAUCAAAGAACUUGAGCGUAAUAUCUCAGCCAUUCUGUUGAACAGCUACAUGCCACUGGCAUCCUCGAGACCAAUGGCAUAUAAUAUGAUCCCAGUGGGCGGUUUGCACAUUCAACCACCGAAGGCGCUGCCGGAGCAUCUUCAAAAAUUCCUGGACGGAGCCACACAUGGAGCCAUUUACUUCAGCUUGGGUUCCCAGGUGAGAAGUGCCGACUUGCCGCCUGAGAAGCUAAAGGUAUUCCUGGAAGUCUUUGGCAGUCUGAAGCAACGCGUUCUCUGGAAGUUCGAGGAUGAAUCUCUGCCCAAUCUGCCGGCUAACGUGAGGGUGCAAAGUUGGUUACCUCAGGGCGACAUUCUGGCGCACCCGAAUGUCAAGGUUUUCAUUGCCCAUGGAGGCCUCUUCGGCACCCAGGAGGCGGUGUACAACAGUGUUCCCAUAUUGGGCAUGCCCGUCUACUGCGAUCAGCACCAGAACAUUAACCAGGGUAAGAAGGCUGAAUAUGCUCUGGGACUGGAUUACCGGAAAGUCACGGUGGAGGAGUUGCGCGGUCUGCUGCUGGAGCUGAUUGAGAAUCCAAAGUACAGGAAUAACAUUAAGAAGGCCUCCCGGAUAUUCCGCGAUCGACCACUCGGGGCCAUGAAUACGGCCAUGUACUGGAUCAACUAUGUGAUCGAGCACCGAGGUGCUCCUCAUCUGGUGGCCGCUGGUGUACAUCUACCCUGGUACCAGUUCUACCUACUGGACAUUGUGGGUCUAGCUCUCGCUGUGAUCCUGCUGCCCAUCGUGGCUCUAAUCCUGAUCUGCCGCAGGAGCUCCAAGCCCAAGAGCACUCCGACGAAGAAGAAGACCAAGAAGAAUUAGAACCAAAACUUGAGUUUUAUUUGUUGUUAACAAAAGAGGCUACAAUUAUGUUAGAUAGUUUCUUGUAAUAAAUUUUGGAUAAUUUCGUAA